GGUCUGGCCAGGCGGCUUUAUUGUGCUCUCCCUUAGUCAGCAUGGAGGAUGUGAGGGUGUCCAAUGUGGAGGUGUGUAACCUGGCUUACAUAGGAGACUUGGAGGGGCUGCAAAGCAGGAUCAGCGCAGACAGGUGUCUGGCCAACGUGAAGGACCAGGUAAAUGAAAAGCAAACAAUGGCAUACAUUAGGGAACACUUUGCUGGAAGUCCAGUACCUGUACACUGCCUCUCUGGCUGGCUGAGCAUCAUUAGAGUUCAGAUCCUUUACAUAUGAAGUCCAGUACCUGUACACUGCAUCUCUGGCUGGCUGAGCAUCAUUAGAGUUCAAAUCCUUUACAUAUGAAGUCCAGUACCUGUACACUGCCUCUCUGGCUGGCUGAGCAUCUUUAGAGUUCAGAUCCUUUACAUAUGAAGUCCAGUACCUGUACACUGCCUCUCUGGUUGGCUGAGCAUCAUUAGAGUUCAAAUUCUUUACAUAUGAAGUCCAGUACCUGUACACUGCAUCUCUGGCUGGCUGAGCAUCAUUAGAGUUCAAAUCCUUUACAUAUGAAGUCCAGUACCUGUACACUGCAUCUCUGGCUGGCUGAGCAUCAUUAGAGUUCAGAUCCUUUACAUAUGAAGUCCAGUACCUGUACACUGCCUCUCUGGUUGGCUGAGCAUCAUUAGAGUUCAAAUUCUUUACAUAUGAAGUCCAGCACCUGUACACUGCCUCUCUGGCUGGCUGAGCAUCAUUAGAGUUCAGAUCCUUCCCAUAUAGAAUGCCAGAUGUUAGCCUCACAUCAGCCAUCACCAGAUAUGAAGUCCAGCACCUGUACACUGCAUCUCUGGCUGGCUGAGCAUGAUUGGAGUUCAGAUCCUUUACAUAUGGCGUGCCAGAGGUUAGCCUCACCUCAGCCAUCACCAGAUAUUUCUGACAGUAUUGCAGCAUAGACCUGUAAAAGGUCUUAACAACAAUAUAUUUACACACAGUAUAUGGCUACUUGUGAUACAGUGGCAUUUACCCAACAUAUAAAUAAUUCACCCAAUAAUACAAUAUUUGGUCAUAAAGAAAAUACAGAUUGGUGGAAUGUCAGUUUAUGCUAAUGAACAGCAUACCUGUACUUCCUUUAAAACCAAAUGUUGUGGGCCUGAUUCUACCUGCAAACCUGUGCCAGUGUUGUGGCUUCUUUUAGUAAUUUUGUGUAAUUAAUGGGGGGACCUACUCCCAAGGUAUGUAUUUUAAGUCUGAUAAGGGCAGGGGUUUCUGAUAGGUAUAUUGAAUAUUUUGGGGAGUAUCCUGGUUGACUGAGAAAUCUCACCUACUUUUUGGGCUCCUGCAGAAGCGUUCUCGGAUUCUAAGCAAAAUUCAUGGUUCAUUCAGUGAUGUCUAGUGGUUUAGGUCCUGAUGCAGCAAAGCAACCCAAAUCCCGGUAGGUGUGACUAAGGCUUAAAUUGCCUAUAACGUUUUGUUUUUUUUUAAAUAUAACUUCUACAUAGAGCAUUGUUUGGGUACUAUUGAGGAUUAUCAAGAAGCUAUUGUCAAUAUUGAGAACAAGACCUUCCUGGCUGAGACCAAGAUUAAUAAACUUUGCUGAUCCAAUGCACACUUAUAGGGAAGUUUUGGGAUACUAGUGUGCAUAUCAAAUGCAGAACAGUGUUGAUUCUGUUCUCAAAGGGAAGCGCCUGUAAUUGUUGUCAGGAAGAAAGCCACUAGUGAAAUCAUUGCCGUUUCUACAAAAUUACAAUGUAUUAUAUAGCAGGGUUAAACCAAAAAUGCAUUUAGAUCACUGGAUUGAGAUGAAGUGGUCUGUGUGCAUGGAGUGGUCCUUAACAGAGAUAACAUUCAUGUCCAGGUGGCAAGAAUACCCAAGAUGCUUUAUUGAACACAAGGACUAGCCUCCAAUAUCCCCAAAUAUACAUAGUGACACAGCUUCACCCCUUACAUAAAAUCAAUCACCAAAUCCUGUCGCUUUCACUUUAAAAACAUUUCUCACGUUCACCCCUUUCUCACUCAUAAACUCAACUAAGACACUUGUCCAUGCUCUUGUUUCCCACCUUGAUUUUUUGUAACCCUGAAAAGAUUGCCCCCUCAAUAGUCUGUAAUAUACAACUCUGCCCAUCUCAUGUAUCCACCCCUCGUUCAGUUUCUACACUCGCUUCCUGGUUCACUUAGGAUUUGGUUCAAAGUUCUUCUGUUUACUUGCAAAACUCUCCAUAACCAUGCCCCUAGUUAUGGAGAGCUUACUUUCCUUUGUGUACAAAAACUAGGGGGUUAUAAGGGAAACAGAGUAUAAUUGUGGUGCUACUAUCACCUAGUGUGAAUCACUCCAACACACCAAAAAUCAAAUAUAGUGCAGAAAAUAAAAUUUGGUGAGAGCACUCAAUACAUGCAAAUACAAUAUUUUACCAGAACUUGUUUGAUGAAAUAUCUAAAAACAUAAGACAUAAAAACAUAGAGUAAUAUUGUUUAAAAUAUGUGCAAAUGUUUACGUGUGACUGGUUAAACUCACAUAUUGCUGAGUCACUUAAAAAGCUGACUCAGACUUAAGGCUUGUGUGGAGAUGAGAAUUUAUUCAAUUCUGGACGUCUUGUAUCAAUCCCAAUGAAUCCGCACUGGAAGCACUUCUUUAGAAUCACUCCAAAAGGCAGGAUCCAAUACAAACUGAUUUUAUUGUUAAAAAAUCACUACAUAUAAUAGAUACAAAUAAAAAUGUCCUUAUAAUUUACCACGACGCGUUUCGGCAAUAUCAGCCUUUCUCAAGUGGUCUGGUUUCAUCAUCUCCAUCUUCUUCCUUAUAUUUCAAAUCUUAGCGCCCUUUUUCGGCGUUCUCCUGUGGCUUCCGCUUUCGUCAUCAAUCUGCGUCUGUAACAUUCAUUGCGUCUAGACGUUUUCAUCUACGUCACCAACGUCAUGACGUUUUCCGGUUGCCGAAACCGGAGGUAUUAUCGCCGCCAUUUUGGAAAGUCCUUUUAAGUCCUAAUGCCAGUCUCUUGCAUAUUUACACCUAUAUAUUUAUACAUAUUAACGAACAACUGGAUACUUUCCGGUUGCCGAAACCGGAAGUAUUAUCGGCACCAUUUUGAAAAGUCCGUUUAGACCAUACUGUCAGUCUCUUGCACAUUUAUACAUAUAUACUCGACAUAUUAACAAAAAGAUAAGACAUACCAUAAAUAAAAAACGUUCAAAGUUAGACCUCUCAAAAUAAAUCUGAAAAGAGGUGCUUCCAACCUAUUAAAAAGAGGGGGAAUAAGACACAUAUAUUUAAAAUCUUAAUAUAAUCUUAAAAUUAAAUAUAUAAAUUUGUAAACACCAUAUAGAUUAUAAAAAACAUAUAUAAAAAUCCAAUAAAAAAUCCUAAAAGAUCAAAAGUACUACUAGAUUACAUAAAGGACUAUAUGUAUGAAUUAAUCUCAAAAUCAAUAUUCAAACCAUUUGGGGACAGUGAUUCCAUAUUAAAAAUCCACUUCAUCUCACUUUUACUGAGGAGGCUCUCUAUAUCGCCCCCUCUCCAAUGGGUCUUCACAGCCUCUAUUCCUAAAAAUUCAAAUCCAUUAAUAUUUCCUCCAUGAACUUCCAAAAAAUGUUUGGAAACAUUAUGUAGAGCAAAUUUUCUGUUAAUAUUAUAGAUAUGUUCCCUAAUCCUUAUUUUUAAUAAUCUAGAGGUUUUUCCAAUAUACUGUAAACCACAGGGACAAACUAUCAUAUAUAUCACAUUUUUUGAAUUACAUGUUAUAAAAGAUUUUAUCUCAUGUGUUUUCUUAUUUUGGAAAGAAGUAAACUUAGUAACAUUUUUAUUCUUCUUAUUUCUCAAAAUACAGCCUCUACAUGUUCCACAAUAGUAGAAGCCUUUUUCUUUCUUAAACAUAGAUGAAAUUUGCAGGUUUCUUUCUUUAUCUAUAAAACUUGAAGUUAAAACUUGUUUAAUAUUUUUCGCACCUCUAAAAAUCACUUUAGGUUGGAUUCCCAAAUACGGAUGAAUAUCUUGAUCUUGUUCUAAAAUAUACCAGUUCCUCUUUAUAAUUUUUUGUAAUUGAUUACUAUGAGAACUAUAGUUAAGAAUAAUCGGUACAGUCUUUUUAUCUUCUUUUUGUUCUUUUAUUUUAUAUUUUAAAAGAUUUUCUCUUAAUUCCUGUCCUACUUCAUUUUUUAUAUUAAUUAAGGAGUCUUGGUUAUACCCUUUUUCAACUAAUUGCUUAAUUAACACUCCUGUUUGUUCUUCAUACUGUACCGAUUCUGUGCAGUUACGCUUUAUUCUUAAAAACUGUCCUUUGGGUAUAUUAGUCAACCAGGGUUUAAAAUGGCAACUCUUUAAAUUAAUAAAACUUUUAACAUCUACAGCUUUAAAAAAAGUUUUACUCUUAAUCUUAUUUUCUUCUAUAUAAAUACUUAAAUCUAAAAAAUUAACAAUUUUAGUACUGAUCUCCCAAGUUAGAUUAAUAUUCCAAUUAUUCUUAUUCAAAUCAUUUAAAAAGCUUUUUAAAGUUUCUUGUAUACCCUUCCAUAUUAAAAAAAAAUAUCAUCUAUGUAUCUUUUGUAGAGGACCAGACUUGUCCCGAGCUCUGGAUUGGAGAAAAUUUCAGAUUCCUCCCAAUACGCCAUAAACAAAUUAGCAUAGCUCGGGGCAAAUCUGGUCCCCAUAGCUGUUCCCUUGGUUUGUAAAUAAAAAUUCUUCUCAAACCAAAAUAAAUUAUUAAAAAGGAUCAAUUGGAUACCCUCUAUAAUGAAAUCAAUCUGCUCAGGGCUCAGAUCUGUAUCUUUUUUAAAAAAUGUCUCGCAGCCUCACAACCCUUCUCAUGUUCGAUAAUGGUAUAGAGGCUGCUGACAUCACAGGUCACCAUAAUUAAACCUUCUUCCCAAUUAAAACUAUUUAAAAUUUGUAAAAGUGACAUAGUAUCUUUCAAAUAUGAAGGACACCUUUUCACAGGAUCCUGUAAAAAUUGAUCUAAAAACUGUGAUAGGGGUGAUAACAGGGAGCCAAUUCCCGACACGAUUGGUCUCCCGGGGGGAUUCUCUAUAUUUUUGUGUACCUUUGGUAAAACAUAUAAAACUGGAAUUCUCGGGAACUUUACAUUAAGAAAAUCAUAUUCUUUUUUGUUUAAUAUCCCUAGUUCUAACCCUUGAUUUAUAAAUCUGUUCAGUUUUUUCUUUAUAUCUUCUAAAGGGUUUUUCUGUAAUAACAAAUAUGUUUCCUGAUCUUGUAAUUGUUCAAAAAUUACUUUAAGAUAUUGUUCCUUUUUCCAUAUAACAACACCCACCCCCCUUAUCGGCAGGUUUAAUAACAAUCGAGGAAUUUUUCUUUAAAUCUUGUAAUGCUUUUCUUUCACUUUUGGUUAAAUUAUUUUUCUGUUCUUUAAUAGGCUUAAUUUUCGUCAUUUCUUUAAUAAAAACCUUUUCAAAAAUUUUCAUAGCAUCUGAUUUUAAAUAGCUAGGAAAGAAAUUAGAUUUAUUCUUAAGAGUCGUAUGUUUAAAUUUAUUUAUCACCCCUAUCACAGUUUUUAGAUCAAUUCUGCAUGACCUUUCACCUUACCGUAGGACAAAUUUUGGUUGGAUUGCAACGAAAAUUAGUUAGUAAUUUCAUGCUGGAAAUGGAAUUAUGCUGCCUUGGUGAAAAAUCAGAAAUGCAAACUUAACAGUAGGAUAUGCUUGAUGGUUCUUAUGUCAAUUAUCUUCCAAGUACUGUAUACAUAUUCUAGUUUUUCCUUAUAGUUGAGGGAAUUUGAAUCGCACGUAGACUUCAGUUCUGACAAUUAUAAUUUUAUUGCUCCUGACGACGGCGUGCUGAAACGCCGAAACGCGCGUCGAGCUUUACUUUAUUUUUCUUUAUAAUUUUAAUCACUUUUGGUAGCACUUAUGGAUUGAUUUAACAUUUUAGCUACUAGGACAGGUAGGGAGGAAGGUUCGGGUAGGCACUAGUGGUUAUCCACAGUGCCGAGGUAAAUAGGGACAGCAAUCUAUUUCCAGUGGCUCCUGUUUGGGCAUAGUUUUGGGUGUUUAAUUCUCCCUAUAGAUGCAUUUUUUUCCUCUUCUUUUUAGCCCAGUUCUGUGUUAUUUUACAUCUAUCAACCUGUGUUCUAUCUAUGAGGCUAUAGAUCAUAUGCAGCCUAGACCUGUAGUUAGAGGACUUGUCAGGCAUUUUUUCUAUGCUGAAUAUCUACUUUUGAUUUUGGAUGUGUAACUACACAUUCCCCUUUUUUUUACCUUAGUCUCCAUUAUUCUUUCCUGUCCUUUUACUCUGUCUUCCCUUAGGAUUAUUAAAGGUAGGGAUCCCUCCCCAUUCUAUUACUCUCAUGCCCAGGAUUUUUUUAGUCCCAUUUCUUGUUUUCUAUAUAAUAUAUUUUGUUAAAAUUAUCAAAUCAGUGCAUGGAUAGUCUUUCUACUUAGAACUGCUUAUUUUGUAUUAAGUAAUACUUCAUUUUUUAUGUCUUUAAACUUUAAGUGACAGAUGUGUGCGUCAUGCGCUCAAAAGAGUAAAUGAAUGGCAUAAAGAAAUGUAUUUUUUGUUUGACCGAUGUUUUGAGUGGGGUUAACAACAAUAGGAGUGGAGCCAAAUACCUUCAUAAUCCUUCACUGUUGAAAUAGCUAUUUUAUUGUUCAUUGUGUCAUGAUAUAGCUCUAGUACAUGUGUGUUGACAACCUUUGUCUUUUUUUUUCCUCCUUUAAGAUAUGCACUAUAUAUUACUAAAGUUCGUAAACUGACAUUUUAGCAUUUUAAUUCCAAGUUUGCCACACUGUAACUUUAAAUUGGGUAUUCGAUAAGGCUAUUGCAUCACUGAAUGGCCAUAACUUUCUGUGCUGUUUGGCUGUUCAUAUGCUACACACAGUGCUUCUUGACUUUCCAACAAAUUAUUUAGAAAGCAUUAACAAGUCAAGUUUAUUACAACUCAGAAAAAAAAAAUUCAUCCAUUUUUUUUUCUAUAGUUAAAUUAUUACACUUUUUAUUUUUUCUUCUGAAAGUGCAUGCAAUAUUUUCAGCAUAAGGCUCAAAGUCAAACAGUGCAAUUUCUUGAAUAUAUUCUUUCAAAAUGUAUGUAGAAAUGUGCGUUUAACAAUAAAUAAAAUAUGCCUUCUCUCCUUUUUGUUUAGGAUGAUCGGACACCGCUGCACUGGGCUUGCUCUGCAGGACACACAAGCAUAGUGGAAUAUUUACUGCGAAUUGGUGUUCCAGUUGAUGAAAAAGAUGAUGUAAGUUGCUUUUCUAAAAAUUUAUUUUAGUAUUUUUGUGAUCCAAGUGCAAUGAGUGAAUUUAUGAUGCUAAUUAAAAUUUGGAAAUACAAUAUUAAAUAUCCAAAAAUAGCAGCAACCCAAUAAGUGCUUAGACGUAAAAAGCACUCUCAUAAAAACACUACAAAAAAAAUUAGGUGCGCUGUGCCUUUAAAUAUAAAUUUCUACUAUAAAAUGAAGUGCAAUUAUUUUUUUAAUGAAAAAGUGCAGUAUAUUGGAAAAAGUGCAGUUUACUUUACUGAGAAGUGUAAACAAGUUUACAAAAAUAUGUGAUACACCCUUUUUAUCUCAUUGGUACAAUCAGCAGAAAUUCACAGUAAUGACCUAGAAAUUAUAGAAGGAAAAAAAUAAAAAAUAUAUAUAUAUAUAUUUUUUUUUUAAUUGUUUUUUUGUUAUUAAUUCUUUUAUUUUUUGGUGAUAAGCUAUAAGCUGAUUUUUAUGCAGACACACUUAUUUUUUUUUUUUUUUACAUUCUUCUAUUUUUUUCCUUCAUAAAAUACAGGCUUAUCUUAAUAUAAGUUCAUCUUGUCUUUUAUUAAUGAAGGAUAAAUAUUAAAUAUUUUUUUAGUUUUGUAUAAUUACAUCUUUUUAGUAUAAUGCAUCAUUUUUGUUUGCAAAUUAGGAUGAUGUAUAUAAUCUUUUGUAUGGAAGAUAUAUAUGGUCAUUUAUACAAACUCUUUGAUUAUAAUGGUCUGGACUAUUAGUUUAUUGUUUAAAUGUCUCUGUAUUUAUUGUUGUGGGUUUUAUUUUUUGUGUUUUUUUUUAUUUUUAUUUUUUGUUUUUUUUAUUUAUUAUAUUCUCUUACAAUUAUUGAAUUUGAUGCAUUGAAUUUUCCACAGUGAGGAAUAAUGGUUAUAUAUUUUCAUACAACGGUAUUUGCAUGGAUAAGCAGGAUUUGCCAAACUAAAAAACUGUUAACCAUAUCAAUGUCUUUGUAGAGAUGAGAUCGUUAACAGCAAUUCAAAUAAUGCUUAACACUAAACAUAUUGGACAACUAAUGAAGACAUGAAACUUGUGGGAAGACAAACUUUUCACUAACACUUGGCCUGUGAGUCGUUUAUUUUUCCCCAUUCCAGAGUUAUUUAAUGUUAUUUUUAUUUUCCUUGCAGGCAGGAUGGACUCCUCUACAUAUUGCGUCUUCUGCUGGCCGCAGUGAUAUUGUGAAAGCCCUGAUUGAGAAAGGUGCUCAAGUAAAUGCUACAAACCAGAAUGGCUGUACCCCUCUACAUUACGCAGCGUCCAAGAACAAACAUGAGGUACCCCAGGCAGAGCUGACGUUUGCACUAUACCUGAAACAAUAGCUCACUGCUAAGUUUUGUAUAACGCAAAUAUUUGGGGUAACAAUAUUUACUGUAUAUGUCAGAGCCAAAUUAAUUUUAGUGCUGGUGGAGCUCAGGGGUGUGGACUUUUGUUUGUUUGUUUGUUGUUUGUUUGUUUUUUGUUAAAAUAUACCCUUGUCCAAGAGAAUAAAGUAGUAGCCCAGUCAAUUUGUCCUGACACAAUGUAAUUUCAGUUACAUAGAUUAGGAACCCUUCCAAGACAUUGACUGCUAAACUCAGAAUUUUUACAAAUUAAAUCUGAAUGGAAAAACAGAGGCAAAAAUCACUGAUCUGGAAAAAUUAUAUAACACCGCUACAGCAUCAACAUGGUUUGUUUUGCUAUUUGAAUUUAUUUAGCAAACAUGCUGAGUUUUGUGAAUUUCCCAGAGUGUUUUGCUGUCUGCCCUCUCAUACUCUCUCCCUUUGUUAUAGUGUGUGGUGGUGCUCUGUAUAGCCCCCCUAUAGCUUGGCUCUUUGCAGGUAUGGGGAUACUAAUCCAAUGGGGGAGGGUCAUACUCCAUGGUGGUCUAGCAGUGGUUAACUCUAGUGGGAUUCGUGGUCUUGGUAAUGCUUUGUUUUGGUGGAUGCUUGGUGUUGAGGAGCUGAUGCAGACCUUAGUAAUCGCUCUUUAAUGGUCUCAGCAUUCGGUUAGUCAGAAUGCAAGCUAAAAGCCUCCAGAGGCUGUGCUCUGACUCACUAGAGAGCAAUGGACCGCAAGUGAGCAAUUACCUGACUCACUAGAGAGCAAUGGACCGCAAGUGAGUAGUUACUGAGGGCUAUACCCACCGGAGGAGCAGAACUAACACUACCUGUUCCUGGUAUAAAUAACCCCCCACCGCAGGACUAAAAGAAUUAAAACAACUGCUUGUGCCGGGGAAUAUCAUUUUCACAUCCCUGAACCUAAAACUUCCAAUAAGCUCAGACCAUUGUUCUUUUGUUUAUUUAACCCCAAAUUGCCUUCAAUCUUUUCUCUUUUCUCUCUCUUUUUUUUUUUUUUUUAAAUGCACAGAUUUUGCAAAUGUAAGGAUGUGAGUGCUGGGGAUAGCUUAGCACAGUGCUUACAUCUCAUCAUUACUGUCCAAAGUAAAAAAACAAACAAAAUUAAACUCUUUGUUCGGAUAAGCUGAAAGGCACUGCAACAUAACCAUUCCAGUAAGCUAAUGUGGUUAUGGUGUGUAGUAUGUCCCUUUUAAAGGAACACUAUAAUGAUAGGAAUACAAAUCUGUUUUCCUAACAUUUUAGUGCUUUUGUCUCCUGUGUAUGUUUUUAAAAAUUAACUAAAGGACUUACUCCCCUUUUUCCAGCACCCAGGCUCCUUUAGCACUGCUCAUCUCUCCACCUCGUGUGACUUCCAUGAGAAGGCAUGACCUCCUCUACGAUGGUCUAAUUCAAUGCUUUGAGUGAUGCUAUUGGCUGUUAGUAUGACCGCUACUAGAAGAUAAUUUAAACCUGCAAAUGAUGAUGUGGUCUGGGUUACUUUAGUGGCCCUUUAAGUUAAUAAACCCUAAUAAUGUAUAGUCACUGACAUACAUUCCGUUUCUGGCCCUUCUAGUCUCAAUUCUAUGUUUCUCUUGCAGAUUGCUCUAAUGCUACUAGAAAAUGGUGCUUCACCUGAUGCAAAAGACAAAUUGGAGUCAACACCACUGCACCGUGCAGCUUCCAAAGGCAACCUAAAGAUAGUUCAGUUACUUCUAGAACACAAAGCAUCAACAAAUAUUCAGGACACAGAAGGAAACACUCCCCUGUAAGUCAUUCUGCAUGUAGUGGGUUUAUUAACUGUGAGUGAACCAUAGAUAAUGCGAAUAACUGUGAGAAAAUGUUAAAAACAUGUUGUAUUUGAUAAACCUUUUCUCUGGCUAACUUAUCCUUCACUUUAUACACUCAACCUAAUCCUGGAUAUUAUUUGUUAGUAUUUUUUGUAUUGUCCUAUUGUUGUUUACCAGUAGAUAGCUGCACCUUUAAUUUCACCUCACUCAUCAAAAUUGGUGUGUACAGGUAGACAGCACAUUUUCAAUAGGUCAACUUGAACUCUUAAUUUAUAGAUCCAUCCCGCUUCUAUCUAUUUUAAAGGAGCACUCCAAGCACCAUGACCACCACAGUCCCUCUCCCAUUCUAAAAGAGUUUUUUUUUGUUUUGUUUUUUUACCUGGAACCCACCAAGAGUCAUUCCCUGCCUUCACUACUACUAACAGAGAGUUGUAAACUUAACUCUGAGCAAAUAACAGACAUAAAGUGGGAAAAAAACACCCAAUAGGCGUACAAAAAAUUUAAGUACAACCUGGAAGAGUAAAUCCAGGUCAGAUAAAUUCUAUGAAGAAAUGUAAACGAAUCUAAAAUAAUAAAAACAUAUCAUAGUGUAACACAAUAAUAGAUAUGUGUGAAUUAUGUGGUGCUGGUAGCAAACUCACAAACGUAGGUGGAAAGCAGGCUUCUCACCCCACCUGGGGUUAAAUAUAAUGUGGAGUUGAUAGCAGAUCCUAAUGAUGAGAAUAUCUUCAAAGAGAUAGAGGGAAAAAGGCCAUACAUGGUGAAGUAUGUAUGAAACUAAAAAACAAUUUAUUUGAAUGGACUUACAAACAGGUAGGUUUAACAGGCAUAUCUCCACUACAAGUGGAAUAAAACCGCAGCGUGGUUGGUCUGGAGAUGAUCCAACUCUGGCCGCAGGGAAAAUAAAGAAAUAUACAAAUAAAAACAGGAUUAAAACAAAUGAAAGUCCAUAAAUCCAACGCGUUUCAUCCAAGGAGUAGAAAGGACUUCUUCAAGGAUAUAAGAUGAUUCUUCCAAUGAGGACCUUCUUAUACUCGUGGUAAUUGUUCUUAAUUCAAUCCUCCGGUGGCGUGUGUUGCACUGACAUACUUCCUGUAGCGUCCCGGCAAAUGGCUUGCACAUGCGUGGUAGAAAACAUGAGUUCCCCUCCCUUCAUUCCGAAAUAUUAAUUCAUGUCCAUCUCACACUCUUUCCUUGUUUGGCUCAGAUUGUAUACAUGCAGUCUGAGCCUGGAGUGUGAUCCCAUCAAAUGCUCAAUACCUUAAAAUAUGUUUCUCAAUGGCAGAUGACAUACUCCAGGCACAUAAAGCACGUAAGCAAGCUGAAGUACUUUGUGUCUGGAGUGUUCCUUUUAAUGGAACACUAUAGGGUCAGGAACACAAACAUGUAUUCCUGACCCUAUAGUGUUUAACCCACCAUUUAGGUGGCUUGCCCUCCUUUAGCCACCCCUAUAAAAAAAGUUUAAAACUCACCUUAUUUCCAGCGAAGCGCAGGUCCGCCAGCGCUGGCUUCGCUCCAUUUGUGAUAUCAUCAAAAUGGCCAAUUUUUAGCCAAUCCAAUGCUUUCCCAUAGGGAAAGCAUUGGAUUGGCUAAAAUCGGCACAGGGCAGGGCCAAAUGCAGUUUUGGCCAAUCAAGACCUCCUCUUAGAGAUGCAUUGAUUCAGUGCAUCUCUAUGAGGAAAAUUCAGCUUCUCCAUGCAGAGCGUGUGGAUGCUGAACGUCCGUGCUGCUUUUUGUUUUGGCAGCACUGACUCAGGAAGCACCUUUAGUGGCCAUCUUAGGAGUGGCCACUUGGAGGUGUCCCUAGAUGCAAUGUAAACACGUUUUUUUGUUUACAUGAAUAAAACCUUAAGGGAACUAUUAUAAUCACCAGAACAACCACAUUAAGCUGUAAUUGUUCUGGUGACUAUAGUGUCCCUUUAAUCUGUAAUUUUUAAUCGUACAAAUUUUAGUCUAUCACUGAUGCAAAAUUGAAUUGAUUUAUCUUAUGUGUCUAAAUAAACAUUCAACUAAGUGUGUUUUAUUUUGUUUUGUUAGCCAUCUUGCCUGUGAUGAAGAAAGGAUUGAUGAGGCUAAGUUUUUGGUGGAACGUGGCGCAAGUAUUUAUAUUGAAAACAAAGAGGAAAAGACUCCAUUGCAAGUAGCCAAGGGGGGUCUAGGAAUCUUCCUGAGGAGAAUAGUGGAAGGAUAGUUACCUUCUCUAUGACAAGUAUUUGGACUGCAUUAUGCAAUAGGUUUUUAAUUUGGAAGCUUUUGUGGUGUGACCCUAAACCGUAUCUGAUUCAGAAAUAAAAUAAAAUGGAGAACUGUAUUUUUUUUACUGCUUGGAAAUAUCAGUCACUAUGUUUUAACAAUAAAUUGCCAAUUUGACACAUUUGGGAAAACCUAUACAAACUUUUGAAUUGUAGGAUGUUUGGUUACACCAAUGCGUAAAUAUGCUGCUAAAAGAAAUUGGCAUAGCCCAUUUUUUAUCAAGUUUUAUUUAUACAGAUGGGUUUACUUGGCACACACAAGGUCCAGAUGGGAGGCCUUUAGUCUCCACUCCAUCUUCAUGUUUGUAGCCAAACGACACAGGAAAUUAAUAUGUGGUAAUUUUAUUAAAAUCUUACAAAUAUUUUUAAAUAUGUGCGGUUCUACACUUUUCAUCUAUCAAAUAUACAUCCUCAGGGUCCAUAACAAUAAAAACACAAACUAACAAUAACCCUACCCAUCUCUGUGUCUCUUUAAAUAGCAUCCAUAUUCUGAGGGCAACUUCCCACACUCAGCUGUUUCCGUCCUGCAGAUCACCUUCCUCUUGAUGUAACAUCUCCGUUAUCUGGCAACAUCCAAUGCAAGUCCCUGUGAGCCGCACCCCCAUUCUCCUCCAGAUGAAAUGUUAUAUGGUCCCCGACCAUAUACUUUACAUUAUGUGAAUUUUUAUCUGUGGGAUCAGUUUUCUGCUAGCUAGCAGCUAGUCGUUUCAUUGCUUUGUUAUAGUAGAUAACGCUUAAUGUUUUUAGUGUCUUUCUGUUAUUGACAGUUGGUCGGUGUGAAUAUCUGCCUUUUCUCAAGCAAUGCGAAGGGAAAGUUGUUUUGAAGGUGUG